GGCGCUAGCGACGGCGGCGCCAACACACCGUGAACAAACAUUGACCAAGCACGCACUGCGCUCCGGGCCUCGACAACUUGCCGCAACAUUCUUAGCGUAAAAGUUAACGUGGAUGGUUUACUCUAUGUAAUUUGCGAUGUUCGAGUUGAUACUAAGUUUUCCCUUCGACGAUAAUCGUGCGAUCGACUUGUGACGUAUUCCGAACUGCCACAGUGCUCCAAACGAUGUGUUUUGCUCAUGUUACUACGAUAAUGUUUUCUUUGAGUUCCAAGGAGAUUGGGAAAUUCGUGCAAGAUGCAAUUAUACGCUACGCUGAUGUGAAUAAUUGAAGAAAAUGAACCGGAAUUAUAGUAGAAGGGUCGCUGACUUCCACGAUGAACAUUGCUGCGCGGGUAAUGUCACCGGGAACUUCCGGCGCAGCUCUUCAUUGCGGCUGCGCGGGGAGAAAAUGGUGCAGCGCUCGCCUCUGGCAACCAGGAAAUUAAUACCAAUAAUCACGGAAAAUACACACCAAAAACAACGCAGCGAUGUGCCACGACUCCAAGAGCCUGGCCAUCGCCAGCGGAGCCAUUCAUUUAAUUCAAACCCUCUACAAAAGCCAAAAAAAUCCUGCUUGAAACCACAAGAGAGUGGUUUAGAUAGAAAGUUGAGUAUGACUGAUUCUGCUCACACUCCACCUGGCUCUCCAGAAGAUCUCCCUGAUGAUGAAUCACUCCACAGUUAUGGAAGUGCUGCCACAGCUGCUUCUGUUGAUGCAGGCUAUGCACCAUUCAACGGCACAACAUUUAGUGGAAGGUCAAUGCGUUAUGUACUACAUUGUUCAUCACAUGCAGGACUUGCUGGAGAAGAAUACCUAACACCAACUCAGAGGGCACAAAAACAAAUACGGAGACUGAAAAACCUCUUGAACCAAGCCAAAAAAGAUUUGGAGAAAAAAGAUAGUGAAAUAUUCCAACUCACAAAAGAAGUUGUGGAACUGCGGCUUUACAAAGCAUCAAUUUGUUCACCCGAUGAAAAAUCUAACUCUAGUGAAAUAGUUACAAUAAGAGAAAAUGCUGAUGAAGCGUCCAUUGAACAUGACAGUCCAAAACAUGGAGAUGCUUGUAGAUCAUAUGACAUUACUGACAGCCCAUUGUUCAAAAAUGAAACACCAACCCGAUGUCGCAAUGAAAUGCAAGGUUCAUUCACUGACUCCGGACACUUUGACGACCUCACAAAUUCAUCUUUGCAUUCUAAAGAGUCCGUACACAUGUUAACACAUGAGGCAUCCUGUAUGACUGAUGUAGGAGAUGGAGAUGAGGAACGUCGCAGUUUGAUAUCGUAUUAUGAGAAGAAGGUAGAAGAUGUUGUAAGAGCGCAUGUUGGAGAGACACAAGAAAUGAAAAAGCAGCAUAAUGAUAAAGUGGAAGCAUUGUUACAAAAGUUGGCAGAUGUCAACACCCGGUACUGUGAGUUACUGCCCAACUACGAGCAAGCCAAGGAGAGGAUUCACUCACUAGAGAAGCAGCUGGAAGAAGUUAGCAAGCAGUUGCAGGAGGAGGAGGCCAGGCAUCGUUCAAUCUACCUACAAAUGUACAACAAAGGGGUUGAGGCUGCCAAGUUUGAGCUAGAUAAGGAUAAUGAGUCUGGUACUUCGCAGGGGCAAAUCAACCGUGUAUCUGUAGAGGAACUACUGGAGCAGUUGCAGAUAACUCAGACCGAGCUCGAGAAAGUUCGAGACACGGCAUUCACAGAGGACCGAUCAGCAAAGUCACAAGUACUGCUAAGUGCAAAGGAGGCUGUUUCUUUAUGGGUCCUAGGAGCUCGAAAGGCAAUGUACCGUCGCAUUGUCGAGUCGCAGAAGGGUAGCAAGACCAAUGUAGAUCCAGAAGUGACAUUGCAGUUCCUAAAAUCGGCCAUCUACUACUUCCUAACUGAUCCCGAGAAUCAUCAGGGACACCUUAAUGCCAUCGAGAACAUUCUUGGCUUCACUGACGCAGAAAAGAAGAAUAUACGCAAGGCGAGGACAUCGUAGGAAAGACUGCUGUGAUCGUGUGAUAUGACAUUAUUACUAGAUAAUUUUGUUACUAUUUAGAUAGGUCUUAUUUUAUUAUUUGUUGUCAGGAACGAGGUAGCUCAUAUAGGUUACAGUAUACCUAGUAGCUAUUGUGCACAUUACUCGUAAGUCGCGUCAAAACGGUAUAAGUUGGCACUUAGUUGUAAGGUUUCUUUUAUGUUUUUUUUUAUUUUGUUAUGUCUUGGUUGUACUUACAUUUUUAUUUGCUAGGUUUUAAACCGAAUUUAUUUUCUAGAUUGUGAUUUUUUUAUAUUUAGUUUGUAAGCACCAAAGAUCGAGUUUCCUUUUAAAAAUCGUGCAAUUUUUGACUUUAGGAUUAAGCAUAAUAGUGGCAACUACAUUCCGUGCUGCUUUAGGUUAAGUGUUAAAUAUUUAAAAUUAUUAUGUUCCUUUUGGUAUUGUUUUCCUAUCUUUUGUGAUUUUUACUAUGCAUGCUGGUCAGCAUUUUUUACUUAAUUAUUAUGGCUAUGAUAAAAUGUUUUAUUCAAUCAUGAGGUCAAAGUUUUUAACAUCUUCAUUUCCUAAAGACUGCUGUGAGAACAAGUAUGACGACAAGUCCGAACAUCUGCAAAGUAUUAUCACCUUCUCACAUGGAAAUAAUUCAUGGCAAGUCACAUUUGAAGAUAAAUUUUAAUGAUGACAAUAAAUGCGACAUGUAUAUGGCCAGUUAGUAAGUAGCCAUGACGGUCUACUACAAUAAAUAACAAAAUACUGGCAUACAAAUAAGAUAAGAUCCCAAUAGAUGUAAAUCAUUAUUGUAAAUACAUCUAUCUUACAAUUUCCAAGAGAUUUAUCUUCAAUUGUUAUUUGAUUUUACUCGAAUACUGAAAUUGACCCAUAUAUUAAAUUAUUAUAUUGUACUUAAUCGAUUUAUUCUUGCCAAUCAUAAAUUGCAUCUGUGAUUAUAUGUACCUUAUAGGGAUGACAACGCAUAAUAAAUCUGUUCACCUUUUAUAUGGGGAGAUCUUAUUAGGUAAACUACUAUGUUCCAUUCGAUCAUUUAUGUAAAUCAUACCAAAAACAACUCUUUCCACUUUGAAAUUUCCAAAAACAUGUACUUCGGCAUGUUUUUCCGUUAAUGUCAAAUUGGAGAGAUCUAACAAGCAACUUAUAUUUUAGAUCUUGAUUUAAAAUAUCGAAUGGAAUGGUUUUGCAUAAUAAUUAUUUUAUACACUACAUACUUAUAUUCUUUUACAUUAAAUAGAGCAAAUAUAUGCAAAUUAAUUGUUGUUGCAUCUUAUCUUGCUUCUUUAAAUUAGGGAAUGCGGAAGCAGUGAUAAUAAGCUAUUUUUAUAGCAUUGUUAACGUCCAAUAGUUAUACAAAUCUUGUACAAUAGGUAUUAUAGAUUUGAUUAAUAUUUUAAUUUACUAUAGAUUUUAUCACUAGUAAAUAAAAUACAUGACAUUCAUUACAAGGUAAUAAGAGUAUUUCCGGAACAUUAAGUUGCUUGCUUUCGUUCUCAAUUAAAUGGUAAAUGGAUAAACAAA